CCCCCGCCGGCCGCUCCGGCUGGGGGCUCGCCGGGCGGGAGAGUUUCGCACCCGGGUGGGAGAUGCCGCGCUGGCUUCUUCUCCUCGCAGAUUUGCAACCAACAUAAUGCUGAAGCUCCCAACUUGCAAUAAGUAUUUCACAGAAUGGCACAAACAGAACCUAAUCUGGACCACAACAUAUCAUGGUUCCUCCUUCCAUCGUACUGGGCCAAAAUGGUUGUGGCAUUAAUUUCCUUCCUCUGUUUUGCUAACAGCUAUGAUGGAGAUUUUGUCUUUGAUGAUUCUGAAGCCAUCAUCAAUAAUAAGGACCUCAGGGCAGAAACCCCACUUGGCGAUCUAUGGCAUCAUGACUUUUGGGGUAGCAAACUCAGCAGCAAUACCAGUCAUAAGUCAUAUCGACCACUAACUGUCCUAACUUUCAGAAUUAAUUACUUUUUUGCUGGAGGCUUCUACCCAGUUGGUUUCCAUGUCAUCAAUAUAAUACUGCAUUGUACUAUCUCCGUGUUGAUGGUUGAUGUGUUCUCAAUAUUACUGGGUGGACUACAAUUCAGUAACAAAGGAAGAAGGCUAAACCUGGCUCCAAAGACAUCUCUUCUAGCUGCUUUGCUCUUUGCCGUACAUCCAGUGCACACGGAAUGUGUUGCUGGGAUUGUUGGCAGAGCAGACCUUCUGUGUGCCCUGUUCUUUUUGUUGUCAUUCCUUGGCUACUGUAAAGCAUUUAGAGAAAAUAAAGAAGGACAUAAUUUUUCUAUGUUCUGGGUGCUGGUGAGUGUUAUCCUUGGUGCAAUAGCCAUGCUGUGCAAAGAACAAGGAAUUACAGUACUGGGUUUGAAUGCAGUGUUUGAUGCGCUAGUGAUUAACAAGAUAAAUGUUUUGGAGCUUAUUCAAAAGCUAUUGCAUAAGGGCAAGUCAUUGGAGAAUGCUGGGCUGUUGAGGAAGGGUCUGCUUUUCAGGAUAACUCUUCUGAUGUCUGGAGGGGCCAGUAUACUUUAUAUACGCUGGAGGAUUAUGGGCACAGGGCCACCAGCUUUCACUGAAGUAGACAAUCCGGCUUCAUUCGCAGACAGUCUGUUUGUCAGAGCUAUAAACUAUAAUUACUACUAUUCAUUGAAUGCAUGGUUGCUGUUGUGUCCCUGGUGGCUGUGUUUUGAUUGGUCAAUGGGCUGCAUACCCCUCAUUAAAUCCGUCAGUGACUGCAGGAUAAUUGCACUAGCAGCACUUUGGUUCUGCCUAAUUGGUCUGAUAUGCCAAGCUCUGUGCUCAGAAGACAGCCAUAAGAGAAGAAUUCUUACACUGGGACUUGGAUUUCUUAUUAUCCCCUUUCUUCCUGCAAGUAAUCUGUUCUUCCGAGUAGGAUUUGUUAUUGCAGAGAGGGUCAUCUACCUCCCCAGCAUUGGAUAUUGUAUUCUGUUUACGUAUGGAUUUAGUCUCCUGAGUAAGCAAGCCAAGAAAAAGAAAAUUCUUGCUGUGGCAGUACUGGGAAUCUUGUUGAUAAAUGUUGCGCGCUGUGCGCUCCGCAGCAGCCAGUGGAGGUCAGAGGAACAGCUUUUUAGGAGCGCGCUGUCUGUGUGCCCUCUGAAUGCAAAAGUGCACUACAAUGUUGGCAAAAACCUGGCUGACAAAGGAAAUCAAAGUGCUGCAAUCAAAUACUACAGAGAAGCUGUAAGGUUGAAUCCUAAAUAUGUACAUGCCAUGAACAACCUUGGAAAUAUUCUGAAAGAAAGAAAUGAACUCCAGGAAGCAGAGGAGUUGCUGUCCUUAGCUGUACAAAUACAACCUGAUUUUGCUGCUGCAUGGAUGAAUCUAGGAAUAGUACAGAACAGUUUAAGACGGUUUGAAGAGGCAGAGCAAAGCUAUUGGACAGCAAUUAAACACAGGAAAAAAUACCCAGAUUGUUACUACAAUUUAGGGCGAUUGUAUGCAGAUUUGAAUCGCCAUAUAGAUGCAUUGAAUGCAUGGAGGAAUGCUACAGUUCUGAAACCAGAGCAUAGUUUGGCUUGGAACAAUAUGAUUAUAUUGCUUGAUAACACAGGCAAUUUAGCCCAAGCAGAAGCAGUUGGAAGAGAGGCCUUGGAAUUAAUACCUAAUGACCAUUCCCUUAUGUUUUCAUUGGCAAAUGUAUUAGGGAAGUCACAAAAAUAUAAGGAAUCUGAAGCUUUGUUCCUCAAGGCAAUUAAAGCCAAUCCAAAUGCUGCCAGUUAUCAUGGUAAUUUGGCUGUGCUUUAUCAUCGCUGGGGAAAUCUUGACUUAGCAAAGAAGCACUAUGAAGUCUCUCUGAAGCUUGACCCCACAGCACCAGGAACCAAGGAAAACUACAAUCUUUUAAGAAGAAAACUGGAGCAGUUGCAAAAGAAAGGCGGUGCCUGAUGUUCCUUUUCAGGUUGUCCGUGCAUGCUGUUUACGAUUAAUGCUACAUGGGUCAUCCAUGGAAAGGAUUCAGUCAUUACUUCCCAAAAAUAAUACCACCACCAGCACUGCACAGUUGAACGUCCAUUUAUGCCCUUCUACAGAUCCUAACAUUUCACCUUGAGGGAUCCUUUUAUUUUUACUCUUGAACUGCUUUUAAAAGAUGCUUAAAACACUUUUAUAGGUAUAUGAAAGUAAUGCAGGUGAAUUUCACAGCUUUCACUUGUAAUCUGAUACCUUCAUCUGACUUUUUAGUAGCAGGAUGAAUAUCAAAAGGCAGUUUUAUUUCUGAAAGUGAUUCUUUCAAAAGUGCAAUUUCCUGUUUAAAUCCUGGUCCUUUUCAAGUAUGAAGAAUAUCUGUCUGCUUCAGUUUUAUUACCGCUUUCUACUGCCAGUCCUGCAGAGACAGUGGAAGAAUGGAUUCUCUCCAGCACAUCAGUCUGCUCAUCUAAUUUGAGUUAUGCCCUUGUUCUUGUUUCUGGCUCCACCUUGUGAAGUGUCAGAUUUGUACAGGAGUAUAUGAGGACAAGGAUUUGAUCACAACUAUUUGUCAACCAGUGUACUGUUGAGGUAUGCCUGAGUGGAGAAAAUAAUCUUAGAAUCUAAGACUGAGAUUUUAGCAGGUAGCAAAGGAAAAAAUGUGAGGCAACAGAGGAGGAGUCAGAGUUUCUGUUCUUGCAGGCAGCCUCAUGUAGCAUAGGCAACUUGGGCAACAAGUUAGAAUUGCUUUAGCUUGGUAGACCAGUGAUCUAAAUAGAGUGUGGUGUCAUCUGUAGGAGCUAAUUCCUGUGUUCUUGGGCAUUUCAGUGCUUUCUGAUUAAGGAUAUUACACCUUUCAGCUCCUACACUGAUAGUAAGGAUAGUAUUUCUGUAGCAGAGGACCUGACCUUUGACAUACCAACUAGAAGUACCUCAGCCUCACCUUUGCCUCCUGUGGCUCAUGUGUGUUUGCUGAAGUGGCAGUUAGGUAAGCAUAGCUGUUAAUGCAUAAACUGAUCACACUGAUGUGGGAUGAUAAUGCAUUGAUACGAUGUCAGUUCUCCGAAUGUGCUGUGCUGUAACACACGUUUAAACGCUGGCCAUCCAAAGUUGUUUAUCUUGUGCAAGUGCUUACAUUCCUGCUUCAUGAAGUAGUCACAUCUGUUUAUUUGUUGGAGGUUUUGGUUAUUUUUUAAGACUAGAACGUUGCUAUUGGAUGUGAAAACUGACAAACUUGACAUCUCUUUCCAUAUUCCUUAAAACCUUCUGAUCAUGCCCCCCAAGAAGAAAUUGAUAAGUGCAGCAUAUGCAGCUGAUUUGUCCAAUGAUUAGUAUAUAGAAGACUGUAAUAUUCUCUAUACACAACUCAUCUAUGUGUGGAACCAUUUAAAGAGUUAGGAGAAUACAUGCCAUAGGACAGGAUGUCACAUGACCACCAUGUAACUGUUCUAUAUACUAUGUUUUGACCCUACAAUAGGCUACUUUUACAUUAUAUAUUUGUUUGGAAAUGACAGUUGUUUCAGGAACCAAAUGUGUCUACAGAGCAAUACUGCACAACUACCAAAGCAUCCUCUGACAAAGCUAGUUUGGGUACUACAAGUAGUGUAAUAUUCUUGACAGACUAAUGUCAGUCUAGCCAACAAGGCUAUGUGCAGUGUGGUGCUGUCCACAAAUCUGGGUGUGAAUUAAUUUAUUUGCCUACAUUAUAAAGUAUGUUGCCAUUUUAGGUGAGGUACAGGCAACAUGUAUUUGUGUUAGUGCAGUGCACCUUUCUGCAAAUACAGCCUGGCUUUUGACAGGACUAAUUAGUUCAUACAGGGUACUAAUGUGAUAUUGUUGUUUCCAUUUCUUCUGGUUUCUAGAUAAAAUGUUCAGAAACUGGUUUCUGAAUAUAUUUGCAGGAUGUAAAUGUGCACUUUGAUAAGUAUCUUGUCCAGCAGAAUGCUGCAGCAGUAUGGACAGUCAUCUUCUGAUAACCAGCACAGUCUAGUCAGUACCAGCUUCUGUACCUGAAACAUGUGCCCUGCAGUACAACCAGCAGACUUUUAAGGCUUUCCUUACACAGCCUACAGAUAUAGAGAACACUGAGCUACUUCAGUCAUGAGUUAUUAAAAGAGUUGGGAUCUGGCUGGAUGAGCUAAUCUACAGCAGAAGAUAAAUGUGUUUAAUGAGAUCUGUAUAUUUGGAAUAUGACAUAUUGAGUUUAAAUUAUUGUUCUCAUCAUGAAGCUCACAUGUAUAGUUUCCCCUGUUGCCAGCCAUAUUAGCUUUACAGAAAUCCACAAGAUCAGUAUUGUAUAUUGGGUAUGAAUUCUCUCUCGAUCAUUUAAACCAAAAUUACAGGAAUUCCUCUGUAGAAGUUAGUUGUCCUCCUACUCAAGUAUCUUAGACAUGCCAACAGACUGGAUGUUUUGUUGGUAUUUACUCUUCAAUAGGGACGACAUGAUUUCUUCUUGAUUUGUUUUCUGGCUAACUGUAUAUAUUUUUGUGAGGGUUUCUUUUAUUUUCAGUGCUACAGAACUUCAAUGUAAUUACUUGUAUGAUUGUAUCUAAGUGUAAUGUUGAGGCAGAACUGGGUUCCAAAGAAGCAACAAAUGAAACUGCUUUUUUAAUAAAAAACUACUUAAGAGUUUCCAGAAUGCUAAUUUUUUUUAAACUUUAUUUUCAGAAAUAUUUUGAAUGCAAAUAAUACUGUGAGUUUCCUUAAAAUAGUUAUAAUGUUAACUAUUUGCUUUUUCAUACCUCAUAAGUGACCCCAGAAAUAGUACAGAACACACAACUUGGAAGACUGAAAGGUAAAGAAAAAAUUGCUUUGUGCAUAACUAUUGCUACAAACACUGUUUCCGGUGUGCUGAAUGUUGUUUUGGUUUUUUGCCCCACCUUACCUUUCCACCAUUGCUAAUUACAGAAGAUUAAAGGUCACCAUUUAUCAGCUGGCCUGCUUCAUUCUGUAGUGAGAUUAACAAACCUGGAUUUGAUUUUUUUUUCUUCUCACUCAAGGAUUGCUUGUUGAAAUACAGUUCUGAAGAGAGAAAUACAGAAUGAUUCAAUUCACAGAAUGGAGUCAGAUGACUAUUCACAGUGAGUGCUGUGGAUUACAAUCUUUUCAACAAAAACUUCCAAGGGAAUUCCCUAAUUGUAUGUUUAUCUCUUGUUUGGACCAAUGCCAUGUACAUGAAUUUUCCCAGCAUUUAAUACUUAGAAUUUAAACUUCAGAGACGUGGGUUAUGUGUAUGAGCACUCAGAAAUAAAGGUCUUUAAACUUUGGAA